AUCGGAUUGGACACCCUGCUCGAAGUAGAUGACCGUUCGAUGCGUAUGUUCGGAUUUUUCGAUCGUCUUGGUGUACCCUCCACCACUACUUGGACGCCUGACGAAACUCUUGCCUCUUCCAGAUCAGUGUCUACUCAUGGCAUGGUUUUAAAAUGUUGAUCUUGCCCAUUGCGUUCAUGAUUUUCCCUCAUUGUGCCAGUCUAUCUUUCAAUUCCUUUCCUUAAAUUUGGGUACCUUCCGGACAACUGGUCCUAUUGUGACGCUGUACCGGACUGUCUGCUUGUUGCUUGCCGAGUUGUUCAGUUUUCACCAUGUCGGCCUUCCAACCUGACGUGUUGCAUCCAAUCAACAACAACGUAGUUCGCCCGUCUGCAGAAAUUACGGUCGAGAAAGAUGCUGUACACGAUAUCGAGGCGAACAGCGUGGACAAGGAGCCUGAGCAACAUUAUCAAAAUGGAAUUGAGCGCGUGAGAGCUAUCACUAGCAUUUGGUCCAAGACAACGCUUAUCACUAUGUUCAUUCUGCUCUACCUCAUCGAUUUCGUGGACUUCCUACAGAACUCUGUCGACUCUGCGCUUAAUCCUUAUGUCACGUCAGCCUUUGCCAGUCAUGGCCUCCUCAACGUUGCCAGUGUCAUCUCAACGGCACUUGGUGGUUGUAUUCCCCUCACGAUCGCUAAGGUCAUCGACAUCUGGGGCCGUGUUGAGGGUUUUGCCUUCAUGCUCCUUCUCAGUGUUAUCGGUAUAAUCAUGAAGGCGGUUUGCAAAAACGUUCAGACCUACAUCGCUGCUCAUGUAUUGUACUGGGCUGGUCACAUCGGUAUCCUCUACGUUGUUGAUGUUAUGUGCGCCGACAUGACAACACUGAAGAAUCGUAUGAUUAUCUACGGUAUCAACGGGACUCCCCGAAUUGCUGCCACUUUUGCUGGGCCGAAAAUAGCCGAUCUGUAUCUGAAGAAUUCGACUUUCCGAUGGGCAUUCGGCACUUUUGCCAUUCUUCUCACUGCAUCUAGCAUUCCGGCCAUGGCUCUCAUGAUAUUUAUGUACAGCAAGGCUAAGAAGGCUGGCACUAUCAACAAGCAAAGAUCGAACCGAAACAUUUUCCAGUCAUUUGCCUACUACUUUGUUCAGUUUGAUAUAAUUGGAAUCCUGUUGAUCAUGCUCGCAUUCUGCCUGUUCCUGUUGCCAUUUACUUUGGUAAACUACGCUCCUAAUGGUUGGAAGACCGGGUACAUCAUUGCUAUGAUUGUUCUGGGCAUACUCUUGUUCCCAACUUUCGUUGUCUGGGAAAGGAACCACGCACCUGUUCAGUUCUUGCCAUGGAAAUACCUCAAAGAGCCAACGAUCGUCGGAUCUUGCCUUCUCUACGGUGUCAUGUUCCUCUCGACUUUCUGCUGGAACGGUUACUUCAAUUCCUAUCUUCAGGUUGUUCACAGGCAAAGCGUCGUCCACUCUGGUUACAUCCUCAACUCCUUCUCUCUCACUUCGUCGGUCUUUGGUCCUCUUAUCGGAAUGUUUAUCAGCUGGAGUGGCAAUUUCAAGUGGACCGCAUAUGCUGGUGUGCCAAUCAUGCUGAUUGGUACCGCCCUUUUGAUUCCAUUCCGAGCUCCCGAAACUGCUCCCGGUGUUCUAGCACUUACGCAGGUUCUUGUUGGUCUUGGUACGGGAAUUUUCGCCAUCUGCGCUCAACUCGCUGUCAUGGCUCCAGUUACCCACCAAGAAAUUGCGGUCGUCAACGCUAUUUGGGGCCUGUUCGGUGGCUUCGGAUCAUCCAUUGGAUUCGCCAUUGCUGGUGGUCUAUGGAACAACCUCAUGCCCGCUCAACUCAGCCAACGUUUGCCAGAGGAAAGCAAGCACUUGGCGCGCGAAAUUUUCGGUUCAAUGCCGAAGCAGAUGGCAUACCUUGAUGGAACUCUUGAGCGUGCUGCAAUCGUUGACUCCUAUAGCUAUGUCCAGCGCAGGAUGGUUAUCACCGGAGCAUGCUUCGUUCCUCUCUGUUUAGCAUCCAUCUGGAUCUGGAAGAACAUCAAUGUGAGGAAGCUAGAGGAGGAGCAGGGCAAGCAAACCAAGGGCAUGGUUUUCUGAGCUCAUUGCAAUCUCUGGCCUUUGCUGAAGCAUGUAUGCGCGGAUAGUAAACGCCACAACAUAGAAAGUCGAAGUUAGAAUGUGAAAAGACC